AUGACUAUCUCCCACACUGUCGAUGGCUCUAAAUCUUACAACGAUUUGGUCAAAUCUCUAUCUCCCAAUGACAUCUUAUCUCUCUUUAAAGACGACAUAAUCCCACUAUCCAAUGAUCUAUCUCUAUCUCCUUCCUCUCCUCCCACUUCUUCCUCUUCCUCCUCUUCCUCUUCCUCUCCUUCCAAACUAGACUCACUCCUCUUCCAGGGCCAUGACCAAGAACAAAUCAAACUAAUGAACGAAAAUUGCAUUGUCGCUGACUACCACGACACUCCCUUAGGUGGUGCAACAAAAAAAGUCUGCCACAUCAAAUCAAACAUUGAUCGUGGCCUCCUCCAUAGAGCCUUCUCGGUCUUCCUCUUCAACAGCUCAGACAACCAAUUCAAACUACUCCUACAACAAAGAGCUGACGAAAAAAUCACCUUUGCCAAUAUGUGGACAAAUACCUGCUGCUCUCAUCCUCUACUAACCCCAUCUGAAUUUGGUUCCACCCUAGAAAAAUCAAUCCUCGGUGCCAAAAAUGCUGCUCAAAGAAAACUAUUUCAUGAACUAGGGAUCGAUCCCAGUUUCGUUCCAAUUGAAAAAUUCAAAUUCUUAACCAGAAUCCACUACAUGGCUCCAAAUCCAAAUGAUACCAACUGGGCUGAACACGAAAUUGACUACAUACUCUUCAUCAAAUCAAAUAACCCACCUUUAAACCCAAACUGGAACGAAAUCAAAGACUACAGAUACGUCUCUAUUACAGAAUUGAAACAAAUGUUCCAAGAUGAAAGCAUCAUCUUCACUCCUUGGUUCAAAUUAAUCUGCGAAGCAUAUUUGUUCAAAUGGUGGGAAAAAUUAAUCAAUAAUCAAAACUUGCCUAUUUCUAUUUCUUUUUGA